UAUUAAAAAUGGCAUCAUCGGAGCAAAAGUUGGUAGAAGAAAACGGGUCGGUGAUCUCAAACUUGUUGGAUAAAGCCAAAGGUUUCAUUGCGGAGAAGCUAGCCAAUAUUCCGACGCCGGAAGCCACCGUGGACGACGUUGAUUUCAAAGGCGUGUCACGUCAAGGUGUUGAUUAUCACGCCAAGGUCUCCGUCAAGAAUCCUUACUCUCAGUCGAUCCCUAUUUGCCAGAUCUCUUACAUCCUCAAGAGUGCCACAAGGACUAUCGCGUCUGGCACAAUACCGGACCCGGGUUCGUUGGUUGGGAAGGGCACGACGGUUCUGGACGUACCUGUUAAGGUGGCUUAUGGCAUAGCGGUUAGUCUAAUGAAGGACAUUGGCUCGGACUGGGACAUUGACUAUCAACUUGACAUUGGUCUAACCAUCGACAUUCCUGUUGUUGGUGACAUUACCAUUCCUGUCUCUACUAAGGGGGAGAUCAAGCUCCCUUCCCUUCGCGACUUCUUUUAGUUUCAACUAUUAUUUUCUUAAUUAUAAUCUAAUGUUCAAUAAAACAUAGACGAUCGCAGCUUUCAGUUCUGGAUUUCUCUUUUGUUGGUUUUGUUAUUGGGUUUUGUUAAGUACUUUUAUUAUGCA